GCGCCCCGCGGAUGGCGCAGGCGCGUUCCGGAGGCUCCAGCCACAGCUCGCAGCGCCGAGAGCCGGGCCGGGCGGGCGCGCGCGCGCGGUGUGCGGACAGGGCGCGCGCCGGACGCGGGCGGCUCGAGGGGUCGGGCCGGGCAGCCUCGGGAGCCCGACCGGCCGCUGGGCAGCGGGUGCCGCGAUGGCCGAGGGCAGCGCGGUGUCCGACCCUCAGCACGCCGCACGCCUGCUGCGAGCGCUCAGCUCGUUCCGAGAGGAGUCCCGCUUCUGCGACGCGCACCUGGUCCUCGACGGGGAGGAGAUCCCGGUGCAGAAGAACAUCCUGGCGGCGGCCAGCCCGUACAUCAGGACAAAGUUAAACUAUAAUCCUCCAAAAGAUGAUGGAUCCACUUACAAGAUUGAACUCGAAGGGAUAUCGGUGAUGGUUAUGAGGGAGAUCCUGGAUUACAUCUUCAGUGGGCAGAUCAGACUAAACGAAGACACAAUCCAGGACGUUGUGCAGGCAGCAGACUUGCUGCUGCUGACGGACCUGAAGACCCUGUGCUGUGAGUUCCUAGAAGGCUGCAUCGCUGCCGAGAACUGCAUCGGCAUCCGUGACUUCGCCCUGCACUACUGCCUGCACCAUGUCCAUUACCUCGCUACUGAGUACCUGGAGACUCACUUCCGGGACGUCAGCAGCACAGAAGAGUUCCUGGAACUGAGUCCUCAGAAGCUCAAAGAAGUGAUUUCUCUUGAGAAGUUGAACGUGGGCAAUGAAAGAUACGUGUUUGAAGCAGUGAUUCGGUGGAUAGCGCAUGACACAGAAAUAAGAAAGGUCCACAUGAAGGACGUCAUGUCAGCACUCUGGGUUUCAGGGUUGGACUCUAGUUAUUUACGGGAACAGAUGCUGAAUGAACCAUUAGUACGAGAAAUCGUCAAAGAGUGCAGCAACAUACCGCUCAGCCAGCCGCAGCAGGGAGAGGCGAUGCUGGCCAACUUUAAGCCCCGGGGUUACUCCGAGUGCAUCGUGACCGUGGGCGGGGAGGAAAGAGUUUCCCGGAAACCAACAGCCUCGAUGCGAUGCAUGUGUCCUCUCUACGACCCUAACAGGCAGCUUUGGAUCGAACUGGCACCUUUGAGCAUGCCAAGAAUUAACCAUGGAGUUCUCUCAGCAGAGGGAUUUUUGUUUGUAUUCGGGGGCCAAGAUGAAAAUAAGCAGACCCUGAGCUCAGGAGAAAAGUACGACCCAGAUGCAAACACGUGGACUGCACUGCCACCCAUGAAUGAGGCAAGACACAACUUUGGAAUUGUGGAGAUCGAUGGCAUGCUGUACAUUCUCGGAGGGGAGGAUGGUGAGAAAGAGCUGAUUUCCAUGGAGUGCUAUGACAUUUACUCUAAAACCUGGACGAAGCAACCUGAUUUGACCAUGGUUAGGAAGAUUGGCUGCUAUGCAGCUAUGAAAAAGAAAAUCUAUGCCAUGGGUGGAGGAUCGUAUGGAAAACUGUUUGAAUCUGUGGAAUGCUAUGACCCGAGGACCCAGCAAUGGACCGCGAUAUGUCCACUGAAAGAGAGGAGGUUUGGAGCAGUGGCCUGCGGAGUCGCCAUGGAGCUGUACGUGUUUGGGGGAGUCAGAAGUCGUGAGGACAUCCAGGGUGGCGAGAUGGUCACCUGCAAGUCCGAGUUCUACCAUGAUGAGUUUAAAAGGUGGAUCUAUCUGAAUGACCAGAAUUUGUGCAUCCCUGCCAGCUCCUCUUUCGUUUAUGGAGCUGUACCCAUAGGAGCCAGUAUCUAUGUUAUUGGAGAUCUUGAUACAGGUACCAACUACGACUAUGUACGUGAGUUUAAAAGAAGCACAGGGACCUGGCACCACACAAAGCCACUCCUUCCAUCCGACCUUCGCCGCACAGGGUGUGCGGCCUUACGUAUUGCAAAUUGCAAGCUUUUCCGCCUGCAGCUUCAGCAAGGCUUAUUCCGAAUUCGUGUUCAUUCACCUUGAAGAGAUGCAGAGCAGAAAGCGAGGUCCUGCCCCAAGUGCACCAUCACAUAACUGGACGGAAAGGGGAACAGAGAUGCAGCUAAACUUGCUGUGUGCUGGGCUUCGGUAUGGUAACUCCGCGGGGGUCUUAUAGUGCUUAGGAGCUUGAGCUUCUGCUCUUGUUUGGAGACCAUGUCACUGCUGAAAGACUGCCUGGAGGAAUCAGUUCCUCCAAGGAUUUGUGUCCGUAUACCGUGGAGCUAAUUAAUAUCAAAAGGAAGAGGGAGUGGGAAUUGGUAAGAUGUAUCCAAGUUAAAACACUGAGGUGCAUUUUCCCUGAAGGGAACUCAUGUCUGACUGACUGCUGUGUUCAGCACGUGGCUUUGGUAAACAAACAGAAAAUCCGUAUAUGCAAAUCAACACAUCCAAGCAAACCAAGAUUGCUUUUCUACUGCACUUGGAAGGAUAUAUUAUGCCUAACCCUGUCCAGUGAAUUUGUGCCUAAAAUGUUAGAUUGGACUCAAUGCCAGUUAGUCUCCAUUUAUUACUAGUGCUCUGUCAUAAGACUCUUUUUAAGACUGUAUUAUGAUGAAUUGAAACUGAGAUAAAAUUUCUCUCUCAUGAUGUUUUGUCUUAGUCGUGUAAAGAUCCUGUAAAUUGAUGAGUCAGGUCACAGCUCUGUGCGAACUUAAGGCAGUGGCUAACUUCUCUCAUUUUAGAUUAAGAUGUGUCUGCCGUACUUGCUGGGGUAGUACUUGGAGUUGUGAUGGACCUCGCAGUGCCAUUCUUCCUUUCCAAUUGAUCAAACCAUUUUGUAAGUGUGAGUGGAUAGGAGAUUUUAUAAAGGAAAGACCUGAGUCAGAUAAAUAAUAAAGGUCUGCUAUGACUUUAAAAAAAAAAAAAAAACUGUCCAGAUAAAAUACGUAGGGAUCAAAACCUUUUUAAUAUAAUCUGUCCGAAAGCACACAGUCUUGUUUACUACUGUUUAGAAUUUGAAAACGUGUCUUAGAGUGCGGAAUCUGUGUUGAGAAUCUGGUCUUUGUAAUAGAAUAUUCCCAAUGCCGUUCGCUGGUAAGAGUUUUAGACAAAUUAUGCUACGCGUAACGUUUGGCUGGUAGAAUAAACUACCUCAACUUGAUUUCAUUCUGUUCAUAGUAGAGCAAUUACUCUUUUUCUCUUUCCCUCCUUUCCUGUCACUCAUUCCCACCUCAACCACUCCACCCCACUUCCCAGAGAAGAGUUCUUUCAUUAGUGGAACUUACCUUGUAUGAUAUUUUGUUUUCCAUUCAAAUUAUACCACCUUGGUGUGAAAUCAGGGACUUCAAAGUGUUUGAUUACUUCAUAGUUUGAAUUUUAUGCAAUAUCAAAUUUCUAAUCAAUUUAAUAUAGAAUACUUCAUUUCUAAUUGUUUUCUAUAACUUUUUUUUCUCUUAGAAUAUGGCUCUAAGAAGCAGCAUUUUGUCUUAAUAAUUAUUAAAUGUAUAAAUACAUCCUUUGGUUAUAAAUUGAGAACAGGAAUAUCUUCCAUGUAGGGAAUGUUUGUAUGCAGUUAACAUGCAUAUGAAACAUUGCUUGUGUGUUCCCCACCCAUGGACAUAAAAAAGGGUGAACUCCCUGCAGGUUUUUUCAUAUACCUGCUGGAAGUCAGUUAACACAAAAGUCACUACAAGAGGCCAGGCCUGGGGUCCUGAAGGAUGUUAGUGUGGCACCUUAACUCCCCAGUGUGGCCAGGAGGUGCCAGGGAGGAGGAGGCUUAGCGUUUGCACCUUGCGCACAGAGGCACAGGCCAGGCAUGCGUACGUGGAUGCAUCCCAUCAAAGACGGGGUCAGAGCUGGGCGUGGAAUAGCAGCGUGUAUCAGCCAACUGCUGUCCGCACAUUCUCCCCGUGCUGUGUGGCCACUGCAAAGAAAGAGCACUUUCUUUUUACAGUUAGAUACUCGUUUUAGAGGAAACAGAUUGCCGAGAAAGUGAAUGUGCUUUGGUGGACGAUCUGCACACUCAGAAGCUAGUCAUGGCUCGUUCCAGUGUCCUGGCACCGUUACCAUGGGAGGCAGCAGCGCGUUCUCCAACUCCUGGAGUUGAGAGUCCUUCCCAGUCUGUCAGGCCUCUCUGAGGAGACAGUGCGUUGUUUAGGAAUGAGUGAGUCCUAUUGCAAUGUUAUCAGUGCCUGCGUGACUUGGUCAGUUCACUUUAAAAAAUCUUUUUUUUUAAUUUAGUUCUUUGACACUGUAGCUGCAGAAAUUAUAUAAUGUUUUAUAAAAUAAAUUUGCCACUUAAUAUGGGAUGCAAUAACAGAAGCUGCUAAGUGCCAAACUAUUCCUUUAGUGUACAUAGAUACAGUACUAUUGUGUUGAAGUGUAGGGCUGUGUUGAAUUUUAUUAUGUUCCAAAAUUAACCUUGACUUUUUUGUAAAUUACACUUCUUUCAGCCUUGUGAAAUAAAUUCUAACUCAUUUCAUGCAGGUUUGUGUUUUAGCAUUCCACUUAUGCCUUGAAAAAUUUUGGGUGGUUCUUUCUCUGCAAGGCACUUUUACCAGGUGUGUGUUGCAUUUGGCGGCUGAGGAUGUCUUACAGUAUCUUCGGGGGAAGUGCAAUUUGUUUUCCUCGUCCCACCACAGAGGGAGGCUGGGCUGUCUCAGGGUAGAGGGAGUGAACAUUUAAAGGAGCUCUCCUUGACUGCAGUGUAAAGCAGGUUGGUUGGUUGGUUUCUUCGUUUAACACAUCCAAACUUGGGUUUUUCAAAGAUUGCAGUGUUUGCUUUUUUGAGACUGCUCACAUCCUGUGAGAGGAGCUAGCGUGGUGGAGAUGAGUGCUGAGCGGCCUGUGCACUGUCGUGUGUGCUGUGCCAGGUGACUUGUGGGUCUGUGUGUAUGUUUACUUUUUGAAUUGUGGUUCCAAACUACAAUAUAUUACUGUCUCCUGGUGCUUCAGAUAAAUUCUUGAGCCUGUUGACCUUUAGUUUAUACUACUAUGUUAAAUUCAUGUUGACUGUAAAUAUGAAAUUAUUUGUAGUUUGUGAUAAGUUUUACUUGGUGUUUGCAUUUCUCUUCCGUGGCAGAAUCAAAGGCAGUAUUUACCAGCCGGGGGUUGGUUUGCUGUAAAAGAUUUGGCCUAAGAAAUUUAACUUGGUAUUUCACUGGUGUGAGGAGUUGGUAACCCACGUGGGGGUGUGUUGGGCAGCAGGUUGUGUGUUGAGGUGGGCUCUGUGCUGCACUACCACUUUACAAAUGGUACUUCCUUUGUUGAUGGUUUGGAAGUUCCGUUCUUAUGAUUUAUAACUGGAGGAGAUUCCCUAGGCCUCACGUAGAAACUAUGUUCUUUGUAUGGACAUGGUGAGGGACAGGACUGAGCUCUGGCACUUCAGUUACUCAGGGGCAGUGAGGUAGGUUUCUGGGGAGGAGCCCAGCUACCUUGGUCCAUGGGGCGCCAUUUGUCUUCCUACCCAGUCUACCAAACCAGAGACUCCCAGAAGUUUCCCAAGGAGUGCUGAACCCUGCCUUGUAACCUUCCAGGGUGCCCACUCUCCUGCUGAGAGGCUCCUCUGGCCACAUGAUGACAUUUGAUUAUCUGGGAAAGACUGAGGUGGCUCUCUCACCAUAUGGACUGAAAGGCACUGAAACCCCCAGAUAACUGCCCUUGGGAGGGACAGGCAAGGCUGCUCUCUAGGGCUGUCCCUGAGCCAUGGGGACCCUGAGGACAGCAGUGACAGAUGGGUCAGCAGUAGCAGAGCCUGCCCCUGGGCCAGCAGACAGAUGCUCACUGAGCACCUGCCAAGGAUUGAGCUUGCACCUGGGAGCUUAACCAUGGGCAGAUGUCAUGCCGCUCUCCCUCUCUAGCUGCUGAACGUGGGCUGGGCAAGGACCCUGCCUUUGUCAUCUGCUGAUCUCAGGGCUUGCCACAGAGUAGGCAGUCAGUAAAUGUUUGAUGAAUGAAUAUGGUAUCUUUGUUACCAAAGUGAUGCUCUUCACCACUCUGAAAAGUGACUUCGCUGGAUUUUAAAUGAAGAACUUUGUGCACAGAUGGGCUGACCUUGUGUGGCAGGGAAACUAGUGCAGGCAGGUUAGAGGAAGCGAAGUUUAGAGUCCUUCCCAGUCUGACAGGCCUCUCCAAGGAGACAGGGCAUUAUUUAGGAAUGAGUGAGCCUGUGUCUCCUGUGGUCUGUAGAUUUUUGAGACCCUGUGCCCCGCACACCUGAUGUUUAUCAUGUAUAAUGUUAGGUUUUAUUUAUUGCUUCUUAUAAUGGGCUCAAAAUCUUUUCUAGAACACUGCUUUGAUCCUCGCAUCUCUGUGAUGGGUGAGGUGUGGCUUCAUGUCUCACUUCAGAUUGGAGCAGAAACCAAGAGCAGAAGCCAGGGCUGUGGGUUAUCAGUUCACCACUCAGCCUAUUAGACUCUUACUUGAUUUUUCUGAACAUACAAUUAUGUUUAAUCAUGUGUAGUGCAAUGUAGACUCCCAGACAGGUCCUUUACAAGUGACACAGGUGUGAGCUGAAAGAUCUUUGGUUUUCCUUGUCACUUAGAAGUGGGAAGUUUUGGCUCAGUGGUAGAGUGCUUGUCUAGCACGUGUGAGGCACUGGGUUCAAUCCUUGGCACCACAUAUAAAUAAAUAAAGGCAUUGUGUCCAUAUACAACUAAAAAAAAGAAGAAGAAGUGGGAAGUCUCAGAACUCACCAGGGUCAGAACACAGAUGUCAGGGUCUGAGAGGCAGGGUGACCUGUGAAGGGCCAAGCUUCCUGAACUUCCCUUCCACCAGAGAGGCACAGGCAGGGGGAAGAAACCCUCAGAAUGUCGAGUUGCUUUUUGUAAUCCCUGAAGUGUCCUCUGUAGCUUAUAGAAACUACAGAGAAUCAUUUUAAAUAUGUCCCAGCAUCAUCUUGUUUGGAUGGUUCCAUCUACAGACCUAUGAGAACUUCACGAACGUCUCAGAAUCCCAUGGUCCACGGCACACAGUGAAGCCAAGAUUUUUGUUUGUUUUUUUCAGUUCUUCCAUUGGAGUUCUUAAAUGAUUGGACUUUAAAACUCUUCCUCAUGAAAGAGAAAACUAUAAAGAAAAUCUAUAUCCUAUAAUUAUUUAAUGAGAAAUUUUUUUUGUCUUUUUUUUUUUAAAUAAAAAAAAAACUAUUCUUUUUAAGUUGCUACUCACCUGAAAUCUGGCCUAAUGAUACAUUUUGAUACGGUUAUCCUCUUGAUUCUUCCAAGUUGUUGAGUUUCCAUCCCUACAAACAUUUUGCUUAUAGCAAGCCUGCAUUGUGCUUUUCUGACUCACCGUGAUUUGAAUUAGAGAGGGCACAGGCAGAAGGGGCAAGAUCCCAGAGUCCAGCCGCUGCCUGCCUGGGCGAGGUGAAGUGGGACACCGUCUCCAGCAGGAGGACCCAUGUCAGUGAACGACCUCUCAGACCAUCCAGAUCCCAAGUACACGCAGGUUCAUCUUUCUGCUGCUUGGUGAGUUAUGUUUACUAAGGCCUUAUUUUUAACCCUUCAGUACAAAUAGCAGGUUCAGGUUCCUUAGUUUUAUUGUUCUUACUCGAAAAAUACAAAGAAGAGGAACCUUAGAACUUGGAUUAGGUUUUUCCAGUUACACAGUUUAAUUGGGUGAGAAUCACAUGCACUGAUUCCUGUUCUUUGUGAUCUCAGCUACCUCGCCUUGUAGUGUUAUGCUUGAUCCCCUGCCAGUGUCGAAGAACUCCACACACUCUGUCCUUUAGCAAAAGCCAGAAAGCAAGCGGUGAGCAGCCUCAGGGAGCACAGUUCCCCAAGGCCUGUUUUCCAUUUUACUACUUUUUUAAAAAUAGGCACUUUUAAUCAGGAGGAACAAUAAUUCUCCUAGAGCUACUGCAAAGUCAUUACUUGAAACUCGACUUGAACUUUAAAGAGUCUUUAAAAGGCUCUGUUUUCAUAUAGCAGAAAAGUAGUCUAUUUAAACUCCACUGCUGUGUAAAAUAGAGGGCUCGGCUUCCAUGCCCGUUAGGCUCAGACGGGAAAAUGUGUCCUCCUAUAUCGGGACCCACUGUCUGGAACCUAAGAACUAAGGCUGCUGUUUUUCAUUUCCUGUAAGGUGCUGCUGUUUCCCAAGACUCUCUCAUUAUGGUGGAAAGAAAAACUCAUUACUAAGUUCCUCGUCUCCUUUAGUCCUGAUAACCGAGGAUUUUAAAAUCAAACUCUGAGGUGUUUCCAAGUACAACCCCAGUUGAGGUUGGCCAACUGUAUGGAAUUGUGUUUUACUUAAAGUCAUGAAUAAUCUAGUUUGUCUCAUGUGUUGGUGGCUCUCCCUCAGCUUCCUCCUGUCUGCCUUCACACCAGUGUCUGUCACCUACCUACUUCCUAAGUCAGGAGGAAGGGACUGGGAGCUCAGUAGUUACGGACAGACCCUCCCUUGCAGGAGAUAUUUCUUGUGGGAAUGACCUAGUUUGGGGCCAGUGGAAGACUUCAGUAACCUUUGGUGGCCAACAGAGUCAUGCCCAUUCCUGAAGCCUUGCAUACUCAUAAUUACCAAUAAAAUAAGUACCAAUAAAGUCUAACUCUUAAUCGUCUUUAUACAUGAAUAAGAUUUAAUUUGUAUGCUCGUGCUUUUCAGAGUAAAGGGCUUGCUCUCCCAGGUAGAGUAGCAGAGCUUCGCAGGUGACAGAGCUUGAGCCUUCUGCUGACCUGGUGGCAGACGCAAGACGGUUCCUGGGAGUGGCCACAAGAUCAAGUCCAACUCCAGCUCUUUUAUUUUGCCCCAAACUCUCUUAUUUUAAUAAAUUUGAGAAAAUCUCAAACCUUCAAAUAUUUUAUCUAUGUACUUUCCUAAGUGAGCCCAGUGGUUCCACCACUGAGGCUCCUUGACCUUGGGAAGCACUUUAGCCUGAGGCUCAGCUCAGUUUCUUCCCUGCAGGAGUAGGAUGCCCUGGGUACACGCCUGUGGCCUGUGGAAGGAGAGUGACUGCAGGAGGUCGUGCAGAGCGACAGAAGGGACAGUCCUCGCACACAGUGGUGGCAGCUGUCACUGCCCCAUUGAUUAUGUCAGGAGGUACCUAGGGGCACUGGGUCGGCAGGGGGCUGCUCAGCACCGAGUAGCCCAGGCCUCAUGGCCUCCUUUACUCCAGUGUCUUCUACCAGCUGAGAAAAAAGUAAGUGUCUGCCAGAUGUGGUGGCACAUGCCUGUAAUCCCAGUGGCUCAGGGGGCUGAGGCAGGAGAGUCUCAAGUUCAAAGCCAGCCUCAGCAACUCAGUGAGACCAUGUCUCUAAAUAAAAUACAAAAAAGGGCUGGGGAGGUGACUCUGUGAUUAAGCGCCCCUGGGUACAAUCCCCAGCACCAAACAAAAAAAAGUCAAUGUCUGUGUUUAUAAAAUUACCAGCUUUCUGGACCUGUGUCCUCUCUCCCCUUCUGCAUCUCUAAUAAUUUAUAUUCAGGAUAAUGUUAGAUACCUGAAACAUCCCAGAAUAUGGGUUUAGAAUAUUUAGAGUUUUCAUAAAUAGUCCUCUGUUCAGAAUUUGCCUAAUGAAGUCCUCUAGUAGUCCUUAAAAUUCUUUACCAAAAUUGAACUUUUUUAAAUUUUAUUAAAAUAUCAAAGGUUGUGGCCUGUAUUGGUCAAAUAAACUGGAUGUUUUCUAGAUCUUUGUUUGAAAUCAAUAGACCUAAACCAUACUCUCUUAACUUGGAUGUUAUGUGAAACUUAAAAACAAGCAAACAAGCCAACGAAUUUGUGGUGUGUGUGAGUGUGUAUAUGCGCGUGUGCAUGCACUUUUGUACCCUCAAAUAGAGAAGGUUGUUACCAGAAGUGAACGUCUUUAUCCUUUUAUAACGCCCCUUCCUUUCAGCUCUGAUUCUGAGGCUGGUGGGUGCAGCAGCCUGGCGUGCCAGCUGAUCAGGCUUCAGUGAGACACUGGGCAGAGUUCUUGCUCUCUCCGUCAGCGGGGGAGAGGAGCAGGCGCCAGUAUUUCCACUAGUAACUUUGUGUGAAAAUAGAGAAGACAGCGCCAAGUGCAGGAGGGCUCUGUGUUGGUGGUUCUGACCGGCAGUGCUCUUUACAGUGUCUCGGCAAAAUAUAAAGUCUGUGUCUGGGUCCAAGAAAGAUAGCUGCUACAAGGAAGAGGGAAGGAGCCGGCGGUGGCUGCUGCCCAUUUGCACGCAGACUGGCCGCCCUGCUCUGUCUGUGUGGGAUGAGCCGAGAAGGGCUCUGCUCACUGCUGCUUGCUCUGCCCAGACCACGGGCCUCCUGCCCGGAGCUGCCCACUCUACAUACACCAUCUGAGAAGGUGCCAGCAGGGCACAUGGGCUCUGUGACCAGAGCCUUCGAAGGCUUAAGAAGGAGUAGAUGUGCACGCUCCAGAGCGCCUCCCUCAGACCAGCAGGCAGAAUUAUAGGGAUGGAACUAGUUCAUCACCUUUAGGACUUUCAGGCAGUACUGCCUCGGGAUCAGCUGGUGCCUUCUGCUCUUCUGAGUCCCUCUUCUGACACCCACAGUGGGUGGGGGCCUUUGGCCACUCUGCAGUUGGGACAGUCCACGGGAGCUUCUUCCUUGAGAACAAGAACCCAGAGUGACUUGCAAGUGGAAGGCUCUGCAGUCAUUUGUUUAGUCAAAACUGGAAAAAAAAAAAAAAACAUGUUCGUGUGUGGACUUGGGGUGUUGAGAAGAG